GUGGAAAAACAGCUGAAGGUCUGUGGAUUUAAGAGGAAUAUGGAUGUCUUAGUGUUAUAUCUGGCUGGACAAGGACUAAGAAGUAUCCCAGGUCUGUCACGGUUUCGUAGGUUAAGGUAUUUGUGGAUUAACAACAACAAGAUCCAAGAUUUAACCUUCUUGAAAAAAAACUAUUGCUUGACUGAGCUCUAUCUCAACAAUAAUGAACUGACAGAUAUAACAGGUGCUCUGAAACACUUAUGUUCAUUACAGAUUCUGUUGCUUCACAACAACCAACUGGGAAAACUUGGCAGAACAGUGAAGGAAUUGAAAGGAAUGACAAGCUUGCAGACCCUAAACCUCUUCCAUAACCCUCUGGCACAAGACCGGAGCUACCGGCUUUAUGUGAUAUACUUCCUUCCUUCAGUACAGCUCCUUGACAGAAAGCGUUGUGAAUUUGAAAAUCGCACAAAUAAAGUACCAUUUGAGAACCCCGAAGAUGCCAUCUUAGUACGGGCAGUGACAAGAUCUCUGGUGGAAUUUACCUGUCUUGACUGGAACAAAGUAGCCACUUGUCAAGAAAAACGGCUUGAAAGCAAACCAGAAGAACCUCAUGAGAAGCUGACAAUCCAGUUUAGAUGA